ACUGAAAUGAUGAUGGCGCCAUUAAAUCUCGAGCUUUGUUUCCGUUUAGCUUUUCUCGCUGUACUUCUACCUCUGGCUUCAGGGGCUUGCGUUGAUUUAGAUCUUGGAAUGGGAAGGGAGACGAUUCCCAACAAUGAUAUUACUGCUUCUACUGUACAAAGUGUUGACACACCAGCCCAGAAUGGUCGACUGAACUACACAUCAGGAUCGUCAUGGUGUGCAGGAACAAGUGAAACUAACCCAUAUCUACAGAUCGAUCUACAGACACUUCAUAUCAUCUGUGCUGUGUCUUCUCAAGGAAAUUCUCAAGCAGAUCAGUGGGUGAAGAAUUACACACUACAAUUUUCCAUGAAUGGGACAACCUGGAUGGACUACAAGGAAGGUGGACAAAUCAAGGUUUUAAGAGGAAGUAAUGACAGGAACUCAGAAGUGAAGCAUGUUGUUUAUGGAGUGUUAACAAGAUAUCUGCGAUUCCUGCCAAAAACUCACCAGGGUGCAGUGUGUAUGAGAACAGAGGUGUUUGGAGAAAAAAAAACACCCACUUGUGAUAUGAAUGCCAUUGGUUUGGCCAAUGGUGGUAAAAUUCCAGACGGCAGCUUUACAGCCUCAUCAAUAUUUGGUGAUUGGGUUGGCUAUGCAGCUAAAAAUGGUCGACUGAAUAAAGAUAAAGCAUGGGCUCCCGAGACAGAGGACAAUGAUCAGGACUACCUACAAAUUGAUCUGCUAUAUGAGUAUAUUAUCUGUGCCACAGCCAUUCAAGGAAAUCCAACUUCUAAUACCCAAACUAAAGAAUGGACUACACAUUACAAGAUUCAGUUAUCUCUUAAUGAUACCACUUUUGACACCUACAAAGAAAGCAAUAAUGACAAGGUUGGUAACAUGUAAAGGUCACAAACAUGAAUGCCUAAAAUUUGCAUCUGGUGCACUCUCUAAACUUUUCGAGCCAAGAGUAGGCCCUUACCGAAUGGACAGUUAUGUAAAGUAUCUGCAACUAUCUGUCUCGUAUCUGUUACAGUACGGCACAAUGUCUGUAAUGGUGUUAUUCAUAUCUGCAGCAUAUCUGCAAUUAUAUAUGUUUACAGUUAUUUCACAGAUAUGUAGGGACUUCUUUCAAAUAUCUGCAAAGUAUCUUAGGAAAUUGACAUUUAUUUAACAUAUAUGUAGGUGAUCAAACAGAGUGAGUUAGAAAUCAAGGACCCGGCCAUCUUUUAAAUUGUCAUCAUAUGCCAGUAAUGAUAUUUGAAUUUGCCCUACUAGGAGACCAUAAUUUAUUUGAUUAAAAGCUGACCAAAAAUUGAGUGUCCAAGCUACCAAACUUUUAAACAAUUAAUUGUGUAAAACUACUAAGAUCUCUAUGGAAAAUAGCAUAUUGAUUGAGUGACAUGUAAUAGUUUGCAAAAGGGGUCUUCUCAGCCAUGUCUUUAAAAAUCCUCUUUAUUGUGGUAUUUAACCUUGUGUCCUUCAACAAGAACUGAUUACAACUGUAGGGUCCAGAAAUAAAUUCACACAACCAAUUUUCUAUCUGUACAUCAAUUUACUCGCUUUGCAAAUCUAACAUGAAAACAGGUCAACCUUUUAAUAAACAAGUGGGUCAUUGUUUUCUUCAAAAGUGUUUAGCUUACUUGGAUCAGCUGUCCCGCCGUUAGUGAUCGUCAACUAAACCUAUAUCUGGAAUUAUUUCAUUACUGUUCGGUUCUUCUACGUUUCAUAAAUGUGUGAAGGAAGUUCUUCAUGAUUUUGUACUUCGACGCAAUCCAAAAGUUAGCCUGAAUCAAAAACUAUGUCCUGCAGUGUGAAUCCUGACCAUCCAUUUUCAGCUGUUCAAGAAUUCGAAAUCAGCGAUCCAUUUGAACCAUCGAUGUGAUCUUCAAAACACAGUGCAGUUAAAAGAGGGGUUGGUCUGAAAUUAUUACAGCUUGGAGCUUCGAUUAAAGCAUUCCUCACAAGACAACUCAAGCUUUGGUAGCAAAGGAUUUGCAACGCAACGAAUAGGUGUUGAUACGCUUGCGUUUCUUUCAAUCAGUCCGUUUA